CAGACAAUAACAACACGUCUGCCAGUGCACAGCUUGGAGGUGGUACAGUAAGUCAUUUGCCAGCGCUGAAAGAAUGUUUUAGGUGGGUCAAACCUUCUUAAUUGUGCGGUGGUCAACGCUCAACGUGUUGAAGUCGGAUAUUGGUUUUGGAUGCCUGGGUUUAUUGGCAAUGACUACUUUACUUUUCAUUUUUCAUCUAUUAAUUCUAGCAGGCGCCGCCACGGCCUCCACAGAUGAAACACGACUGGUCAAAACCCUUUUCACCGGCUACAAUAAGGUUGUCCGUCCCGUCACUCACUUCAAGGACCCGGUGGUUGUAACUGUGGGCCUUCAGCUCAUCCAGCUCAUCAGUGUGGAUGAGGUCAACCAGAUCGUCAGCAGCAACGUACGACUGAAGCAGCAAUGGAAAGAUGUGAACUUGCAGUGGAACCCAGAGGAUUACGGUGGAAUCAAAAAGAUCAGAAUUCCCUCCACUGACAUUUGGCGACCUGAUCUGGUUCUCUACAACAACGCUGAUGGUGACUUCGCCAUUGUUCAUGAGACCAAAGUGCUGCUGGAGCACACGGGGAUGAUCACAUGGAACCCACCCGCCAUCUUUAAGAGCUACUGUGAAAUUAUUGUGCUGCAUUUCCCCUUUGACCUCCAGAACUGCAGUAUGAAGCUUGGAACCUGGACGUACGAUGGAAACUUGGUCGUCGUCAACCCAGACAGUGACCGUCCAGACUUAAGUCACUUCAUGGAAAGUGGGGAGUGGGUGAUGAAGGAUUUCCGCAGCUGGAAGCACUGGGUCUACUAUGCCUGCUGCCCAGAAACCCCUUACCUGGACAUCACCUACCACUUCCUCAUGCUGCGCCUUCCCCUCUACUUCAUCGUCAACGUGAUCAUUCCCUGUAUGCUCUUCUCCUUCCUCACUGGACUUGUUUUCUAUCUUCCUACAGACUCUGGAGAGAAGAUGACUCUGAGCAUCUCCGUCUUGUUGUCCCUGACUGUGUUCCUCCUGGUCAUUGUGGAGCUGAUCCCCUCCACUUCCAGCGCUGUACCCCUCAUUGGGAAGUACAUGCUCUUCACCAUGGUCUUCGUCAUUGCCUCCAUCAUCAUUACUGUCAUUGUCAUCAACACCCACCAUCGCUCCCCAAGUACCCAUACAAUGCCUGACUGGGUCCGCAAGGUUUUUAUUGAAACUAUCCCCAACAUCAUGUUCUUCUCAACAAUGAAGCGUCCAGGGAAGGAAAAGCAGAAUAAAAGUAUCUAUGGUGGUGAUUUUGAGAUCUCAGACAUCUCAGGGAACCAGGUCUCCUCUGUCCCCUACCAGUCACCUAUCACCAAGAAUCCUGAUGUCCGCAGUGCUAUAGAGGGAGUCAAAUACAUUGCAGAGACCAUGAAGUCAGACGAGGAGUCCAACAAUGCUGCUGAGGAGUGGAAAUUCGUAGCCAUGGUGCUGGACCACAUCCUGCUGUGUGUCUUCAUGGCUGUGUGUCUCAUUGGUACAUUAGGCGUGUUCGCAGGUCGCCUCAUUGAGCUGAGCAUGCUCUGAAGUCCUGUAGUUCUUUUACUGGUUUGACUUGUUGCUUGUUAAUCAUUGUGAAAUGUAUUACCUUUUGUUUUAAAGCUACUGUAUAAUACAAACACUGCCAUUUGACAUUUUCUGUAACGCCUGUUUUACCUGUCACUUGUUUUUCCUGUUUGGGUGCUUUUUGUUGUUUGAUUAUUCAUAUGUGUCUAUGUGCAAAAUUAUGUUUAAUAUUUUAACAUUUGUUCGUUUGGCUGAUUACUUGGGAAGAAUCAUACUGGAAUAUUGUACUCUUUUCCUUGACUUGUUUAUUGGGAACAACUGAAUAAAACAGAUUUUCAGUUUUCAGGUUGGAUAAUUUAGCAGCGUACCAGAAUUAAGCUUAAUGGAUACUAUUUUAUUUUAUUUCUCUUACCCUAUUGAACAGAACCAGUAGCAAUAUCAUCCUUCCAGCCAGUGAAGUGAUGGAUUUACAUAGAAAAUGUUUACGUGCAUGUAUUCCUGACACUUAUCAAUUUCAUAUUCAAAUACAGCACAUAUCACAUGCAAAUUAUUUGCAUUUGCAUGCUUGGAGACAAAGCCAAACAAAAAUAUUAUUUUUAAGUAA